UCAAAACACUGAACAACAGGCAGAAGAGCAACUGCUGUACAUCACAAAGACUUACUUUACAUUCAGCUAACAGUAAUUCUUGGCAGUAAGUGGCAGUUUGGUGAUUUCAUUAUCUUGUGGACCUUUAGCUGUUUCCAAAAUGGCGGGACCGCUGCUGGAGUUUGAGACCGAGAUGUUCCUGAGCCUCUUCGGCUGUGACGGGCUGCUGGUGGUGGCUGAGGGGAUGGGGGUCGACCGCAUCCUGCUGCAGUUCAUGCGGGUUUACUCGGAGCAGGGCAGCCUGGUCCUCCUGCUCAACACAACCACACCUGAACAGGAGUAUUUCACGGAGCAGUUGAGAGUGGAGGGAGUCACCCACCUGCCGAGGACGGUCACCAGCGAUGUCCAGAGCGCUGAGCGUUAUAACGUUUACACUGAGGGAGGGGUGCUGUUUGUCACCAGCAGAAUCCUGGUGGUGGACUUCCUCACUGACCGCAUCCCUGCUCAUCUUAUAUCAGGUAUCCUGGUGGAUCGCGCCCCUAAAAUAAUUGAGUCAUGCCAGGAGGCCUUCACCCUUCUUCUGUUCAGACAGAAGAACAAGACAGGCUUCAUUAAGGCCUUCACUGACAAGGCCACAGCUUUCUCCUCAGGCUUCUGCCAAGUAGAGCGUGUGAUGAGAAACCUCUUCGUCAAGAAGCUGUACUUGUGGCCCAGUUCUGUUUGUUUCACUCCCAUCCAGACUAUCCGUCACUGCCUGGACCCCCUGUGGCAUCAGCUAGGAGCAAAGACCAAGGCUCUGGUUCAGGACCUGAAGGUGCUGAGGGUCCUCCUGCUCUACCUCACCCAGUACGACUGUGUCACCUUCUUCGAUUUGCUCGAGUCCCUGCGCUCCAGCCAGAAGAACUUUGGCUCCAAUUCAGGUUGGCUGUUCCUGGACUCCAGUACCUCCAUGUUUGUGAACGCUAGGAGCAGAGUGUUCCGCGUUCCUGAGAGCAAAAAGAAACUCAAAGUUGGAGCAGAAGCUGAGAAACAGAAGCCAACCUCUGCCUCAGAGAUGAAGCGGGAGCUGGUGCUGGAGAAGAGCCCAAAGUGGGAGGCUCUGACUGAGGUGCUGGAGGAGAUCGAGAGGGAGAACAAGAGCUCUCAACAUGAACCAGGUCGGGUUCUGAUUUGUGCCAGUGAUGACCGGACUUGUGCUCAGCUGCAGCAGCGCAUCAAACACGGCUCUGAUUGGCUGCUCAACCGCCUGUACACGAGAACAAUCGGCAAACGGGACUCUGCUGCAGUUGCUGCCUUGGAACUGGACUUAGACAAAAGGGGAAAAGGCCGAGUCAAAAAAGUGUCCAAAGGGAAGGAACCCGCACAGAAAAAAAACACAAAGACCACAAAAACCAAAAGCAGACCGUCACUCACACUGACCCAGAUGGUUGGGAAACAGGAGACAGGUGAAGCAGCAGUGAUGGGCAGCAGCGGAGACGAGGACGAACUGAUGGAGGAACAUGAAGGAGAGGAAGAACAGCUUAAAUUAGAUUUGUCAUCAGACGACUAUUACGGCGUCCUAAAGGAACCGCUGACUGUGAUCCAUCCACUGAAAGGCUGCACCGACCCCCACAGCUUGACCCGGGUGCUGCACGAGGUGGAGCCCAGCUUUGUGGUUCUGUACGACGCUGAACUGAGUUUUGUUCGCCAGCUGGAGAUUUACAAAGCUAACCGCCCUGGAAAGACACUUAGGGUGUAUUUCCUCAUCUAUGGAGGCUCAACAGAAGAACAGAAGUACCUGACAGCACUGUCUAAAGAAAAGAAAGCGUUUGAACAUCUCAUCAGGGAAAAGGCUACUAUGGUCAUUCCAGAGGAGAGGGAAGGACGAGAAGACACCAACCUAGAUCUUGCUAGAAACUUAGAACCUGCAAAUGCCACCACCAACACCCGCAAAGCAGGAGGCCAGGAGCAGUCCAGAGAGCCUUCACGAGUCAUUGUGGACAUGCGUGAGUUCCGCAGUGAGUUGCCUUCCUUGCUGCACCGCCGUGGGCUGGACAUUGAUCUCGUCACCCUAGAAGUUGGCGACUACAUUUUAACCCCAGACACUUGCGUUGAGCGUAAGAGCGUCAGUGACCUGAUCGGCUCGUUGCAGAGCGGCCGCCUCUACACCCAGUGCCUCUCCAUGACCCGCUACUACAGGAAAGCAGUGCUGCUCAUCGAGUUUGACCCGCCUAAACCGUUUUCCCUCAUGGCCUGGUCAGACUUCCGUCAUGAGAUAUCGUCAAAUGAUGUUUCUUCAAAGCUUACUUUACUCACAUUGCACUUCCCUUGCCUCCGUAUACUCUGGUGCCCCUCCCCACACGCCACAGCCGAGCUCUUCCUGGAACUAAAACAAGGCCAACCCGAACCCGAUGCUUCAGCAGCUCAGGCGGUCACAGCUGAGUCAGACCUUGUGGCUGAAUCAACAGACCUCUACAACCCCGGACCUUAUGACUUCCUCUUGAAAAUGCCGGGGGUCAAUAUGAAAAACUACAGGGCUCUUAUUAAAAAUGCAGACAGUUUGGCAGACCUAGCCAAACUCAGCCAGAACAAGCUGGCAGAAAUACUUGGGAAUGCUAAUAACGCUAAGUUGCUGUAUGAGUUUCUGCAUAAUGUCGCUGAUGUUCCUGCUUCUGUUCAGAAGACCAAACAGACAUGAUGGACAGUAAAUCAGAUAUUUUGACCGAUGUAUGUGAAUAACUUUUCAGUGACAUCAGGAUCAUUUUUUGUCAUCCAAAUGUGUGUUGUUUUAAUAUGCAGAAUGAAUUUAAUAUUGCAAAUAUUUGUAUUGUAUUUUGGAAACUACUUUGCAAAUGUGUGCAAUUAUAUUAUUUUUACUCAGAAACAAACAAUAUUUUUACAUUGUGCAAUAAUAAAAUGUCAACUUCUUUUGAAAUUUAUAAUAACGUGUUAUUUCAAAGUACAGCUUUCCAGAACAACACAGCUGUUUAAUUAAAUUCAUGUUUGUAAAGCA